UGGCCACUGCGCGCGAGGGCCUGCGAGGCGAGGGCGAUGGUGCUGCCGCGCGGGGGUUCGUGGCGCGCGGUGCUCGCCCGGGCCUGCUGGCCCAGGCUGUGGACGCGGCCCCGUGGAGUCUCGGGCGGGCCGGGCUGCGCAGCGGGUUCUCCUGCCGGAGCGUACGAGCUGCGAGGCGAGCUGGACAGGUUCGGGGGCGUCUCGGUGCGCCUGGCGCAGCUCGGCGCGCUGGACCGCCUGGACGCCGCCGCCUUCCACAGGGGCUUACAGGCAGCAAUAGAGCAGUGGCGAUCAGAAGGUAGAAUUGCUGUCUGGUUACACGUUCCCAUCCUCCAAAGCCGGUUUAUCGCCCCUGCGGCUUCCCUGGGCUUCAGCUUUCACCACGCAGAACGGGAUUCCGCAACGCUGACUCUCUGGCUGAGGGAAGGGCCCAGCAGACUACCAGGAUAUGCCACACAUCAAGUGGGAGUUGCAGGAGCUGUUUUUGAUGAAAAUACUAGGAGAAUAUUGGUUGUACAGGAUCGAAAUAAAUUAAAAAAUAUGUGGAAGUUUCCUGGGGGCCUGUCAGAGCCUGGAGAAGACAUCGGAGACACAGCAGUUCGAGAAGUUUUUGAAGAGACUGGGAUAGAAUCAGAAUUCCAGUCCCUCUUGAGUAUCCGGCAGCAGCACACCAGUCCGGGAGCCUUUGGGAAGUCUGAUAUGUAUAUUGUCUGCCGCCUGAAGCCAUUUUCAUUCACCAUAAAUUUUUGCCAGCAUGAAUGCUUAAGAUGUGAGUGGAUGGAUCUCACUGAGCUUGUUAAGACUGAAAACACAACUCCCAUCACCCGCAGAGUUGCGGGACUGCUGCUAUAUGGGUACAGAGAAGGGUUUGACAAGAUUGAUCUGACCAUGGAAAAGCUUCCAGCAGUUUACACAGGCCUUUUCUAUAAACUGUAUCACAAAGAACUGCCAGAGAAUUACAAAACUAUGAUAGGAAUGGAUUAAGUUCACAUUUUACAUUUUUUUAAAAUUUAAGAUGUACAUGUAAAUGAAUAUGUGCUAUAAGACAUAAUGAACCUUUGGGAUAAAUAUGACUAAUUUUCUAAUAUAUGAUUUCCAUUAAGAAAAUUUGUAAAUGUGCAUAUUUUAAAAGCUUUUCAAAUAAAGCAAAUAUGUGAGAAAGAUUAUAGUUCUAGGUAACCUUGACUGGGUAACAGCAGAUUCUAUAUAAAAGGUGGAAGUCUAUACAUUCUCUAGGAAUUGUUUUCUUUACUGAGGCAAUGGUUAAACAUUUUAUUAUUAGAUAAAAAGUUGCCUGGCCAUUCAACAAAGCUGAGCUGUAGACAUUUGUUUUCCUCUCAUUAACAAAUAUAUGUUUCUCUUUCUUCAUGUGAAAUGAGAUUAGAUGGUGCCAUUAAAAUCAGCUCUUAGCAGACAUUGGAAGAAAAAGUAUAGCCUUCUGCCCAGGUCCUGUUUUGGAUCCAAGUUUAUACUGCCCAGUUCGUUUCAGUGCCACAUACCAGCUGGAAUAUUUCCUUGACCGGUAAGUAUUGUAGUUAUUAGACUCCA